GCCAAUAGGACGUCAGGAUGUGGUUACAGUGUCAGUGGGUAAGCGUUUAGAGGAAGCGUCACCGAGCCGUGUAACAAAACUUUUAGCAUGGCUGACAAGGUUUUAGACGGAGGACCCUGGACAGGAUGCGCUGUUCUAUUUCUGCGCUCGCUUUGUCCAGACGCAAACCUGCUAUCCCUCUACAAAGAUGAGGAGGGAACGUUCAUCCUUUUCAAAGUCAUCAAACUGACUCUUAGAGAUUCUGCAGGAGGCCUGGCCGGUUAUGAAAUACUCAAAUUUCAUGAUGCUGAUCCCUACUUCGGAGUGGAGGUGAAGUUUGUGGAUCUCGUGGCGUGUCAGCAAUUCCUGGAGAGCUACAGCUCUGGAGCUGUGCGUCAGUCCAUCUCUCAACACGCCUGUCGGCUCCUCGCUCUGGCUCAAGAGUUCACCGUGGAGACCCAACUCAAAGCGGGAACACAUGUGUUGGAUCGAUGUCUGGACAGGCUGGAGCUUUGUCUGCAACAAAUUCAUCUCUCCAAGCCCGAGCGAUUGCGUGACGAAGGAAUCGAACGACUGGAGGCUCGGCUGAAGUUGGAAGUCCUUGGGCCGGAAGUCCCAAGUAACUGCUUCAGGUUUCAAAAUAAAGUAUUUGAGGACCGAAUGCUGACGGCAGCAGAUGUUCAGAACUUCGCUAAUGGAGUGGGCCGUCAGUGGAAGCACGUGGGUAGGACGCUGGGGAGGGAUUGCCGCGCUCUGAAUGAUACGGCCAUUGACAACCUGGCCUAUGAGUACGCCAGGGAAGGCCUGUACGAGCAAGCCUAUCAGCUCCUGAGCCGCUUCGUCCAGGCGGCGGGGAGGGCGGCCAAGCUGAGCCGGCUGGUCAAAGCGCUGGAGGACUGCAAACUCACCGGCCUGGCUGAAUCCAUUCUGGACAUACAGCCGCGAGACUGAUGCCGUGCCAGCACGGAGGGAGGCGGAGUGGUCGCUAGCCAAGGUGGCGGGCCUCACCUCUCUUGACUUUUUGUCCUUCCUGCUUUACACACACAAUGUCUGUUCUUCGUUGCCGUCGUUGCAAAUGAUUCCUAGCUUUUACACGGAAUUUCAGGGUUGUCUAACGCAUUGUAGCCAAGGAGUAAAAUCAUAACGUCAUUCAUAUAAAUGAGUUGGUGUUUCGCCCCUUUCAUUACAUGCAAAGCUAUAGAAGUACACUGGCAAUAUCACAGAUAUCACAUAUUUAAGGUUAGAUGUCUAAAGACAGAGUCGGCGGUGUAAGUAACUAUCGGCUAAAAUGUGUCGGGGAAUUUUCGUAAUUUUCCAUUAAAAUACUCUUUAACUUGCUGAAAUCUUUACUAGAAAUCGACCGAUAUACAGUAGGUUUUUCAGGACCGAUACCGAUUAUUAGUAGGUGGAAGGGCUGAUAACCAAAUUUUGGAGCUGAUAUUCAUUUGCAGUAAAAGUACAAAAAUUGGCGUAAAGAAAUUGAAUAAUGCAAACAUUGAACUUCAAUGAAAUGCCUAAAGCAUGUUUAUUGAAUCACACAAAUAGAAAAUAAUAGCUAAUAAUAGGAGGUGGCAUGGUUCAGUGGUAGGGUAGUCGUUCCCCAACCCAGAGGUUGUGGGUUCAAUUCUUCGCCCUGAUGACCUUAAAGUAUCCUUGAGCAAGAUACUAAACUCCCCGUUGCUCCUAGUGCUGCGUCGCCAGGAGGGAGAUGAUAUAGUGUGAAGCACUUUGAGGGCCUUAAAAAGGUGGAAAGGCGAAAUACAAGUGGAACUCCAUUUACCCUUACCAUUUAACCAAUCAGAGGACUGGGUGAAUACUAGUGCAGGAGAGAGAGGCGCGGCUGCAUCUGUGCCAGAAUAACUGUUUUAAAUAGAUUUUUCCAUAUCGGCCGGUCGGAUUCAAAAGGCGGAUACCGUUACACUACCAUUCAAUAGUUUAGGUUCACCCAGACAAUUUUCGUGUUUUCCUUCAAAAGUCACACUUUUAUUUUUAAAAUGAGUUUCAAAAUGAAUAGAAAAUAUAGUCAAGACAUUGACAAGGUUGGAAAUAAGGAUUUUUAUUUUGAAUAAUGAUUUUCUCUUUCAAACUUUGCUUUAUCAAAGAAUGUUCAUUUUGUAACAAUUAUAGCUUUGCAGACCUAUGGUGUACUAGCUGUUAAUUUGUUGAGAAGAAGAGAAAGAAAAUAAGAGAAACUUCACUCCACCCUUCCAGAAGCCCCUCCCACAAGUUGGAUUGGCUUGAUGGCCACUUCUUGUGUACCAUACGGUCAAGCUGCUCCUACAACAGUUCAAUUGGUUUGAGAUCUGUUGACUGUCUGGCCACUCCAUUACAGAUAGAAUACCAGCUGCCUGCUGCUUUCCUAAAUAGUUCUUGCAUAAUUUGGAGGUGUGCUUUGGGUCACUGUGAUGUUGUAGGAAGAAAUUGACUCCAAUCAAGCGUUGUCCACCGGGUAUGGCAUGGUAUUGCAAAAUGGAGUGACAGCCUUCUUUAUUUAAUAUCCCGUUGAUCUUGUACAAAUCUUACACUUUACCAGCACCAAAGCAACCACAGUUCAUCACAUUACCUUCACCAUUGUUGCCAGAUGACAUCAGGCACUCUUCCAGCAUCUUUUCAGUUGUUUUGUAUGUCACAAAUGUUCUUUUCAUUGAUCCAAAGUCCAAACAUCUCAAACUUUAAAUCGUCUGUCCAUAACACUUUUUUCCAAUCUUCGUCUGUCCAAUGUCUGUGUACUUUUGCCCAUAUUAAUUGUUUCAUUUUAUUAUCCAGUCUCAGAUAAAGCUUUUACCUUUGCCACGCUGCCCUGAAAACCAGCAUCCCGGAGUCGUCUCUUCACUGUCGACAUUGACACUGACGUUUUAUGGGUACUAUUUAUUUAAACCUGUUAGAUGAGGACCUGUAAGGCAUCUAUUUCUCAAACUAGAGACUCUUAUGUACUUGUCUUCUUGCUCAAUUGUGCAGCGGGGCCUCCCGCUUCUAUUUCUACUCUGGUUAGAUCUUGUUUGUGCUGCUCUCUGAAGGGAGUGGUACACAGCGUUAUCGGAAAUAUUCAAUUUCUUGGCAGUUUCUCAUAUGGAGUAGCCUUCAUUUCUAAGUACAGAUUGUUGAGUUUCACGUGACAGUUGUCCUUUUUUGCCCAUUUUGAGAGUUUAAUCAACCCCACAAAGGUGAUGCUCCAGAUGCCCAACUACCUCAAAAGAAGAUCAGUUUUGUAGCUUCUCUAACCACCUAAACUGUUUUGAGCUGUGCCAUCAUGAAUUGCAUAAAGUUUUCUAAUCAUCUAUUAUCCUUAUAAGGCAACUAGCAAGCACAAUGCACCAUUAGAACACUGGAGUAAUGUUUGCUGUAAAUGGGCCUCUUUACAAAACUACGUAGAUAUUGCAUUAAAACCGGACGUUUCCAGCUAGAAUGGUCAUUUACUACAUUGAUAAUGUAUUGAGUGUUUUUCUGGUUAGUUUAAUGUUAUUUACAUUGAAAAAACUGCUUUUCUUUCAAAAAGGAGGAAAUUUCUCAGUGACCCCAAACUUUUGAACGGUAGUUUAUACGUCUUAUUUCCAAAUACCAUUGACGGCAAUAGAGGUCCAAUCCAUUUUGACGAGUCGCAAUGGAUUAGAGGUCUAUUGCCAUUAAUGGGUGUUUUCAAACUUAAAUUUCUUUUACUACUUACCACAGCACAUACGGUUUCAAAUGAACUGGACGUAUAUCGUUGUCAAUGACAGCCAAUGAAAUAUCAGAACAUAACUCAUUAUAAUAAUUCUGUUACUUUUGCAGCAUUCUGUACAAGCAAAAAGGAUUGAAAACUUAAGUCCGACCUGACAUUUAGCUUGUUUGCGUGGUCACAUUAACAUGCUUCAUUGUAAUUAAUCAGUCACGAGUGCACGUUUGUCACAAAGGAAAUUCAUAGAAAAGUUGAAACCAAAAAAAUGUUCGUAAAACUGAAAUUGCAGUGUCAUGACACUGUCAUAAGACCAUCAUAGUUCUAACAUGACCCUGUCAUGAACAUUAACGAAUGCUGAUGACAGAUGUCAUUAAGGGUCCUAACCCUCACACAGUUCCUAAACUUUAAUUUCAACACAUUUGAAAAAAUCCCCAAUAAAGCAUCAAAAAUGACAUAAUUUACUAAGUGAUAAUAACAUCUGUCUUAGCCCUUAUUCAUGUUCAUGACAGUUCUCAUGUCAUCAUUAUGACAGUCUUACGACACUGGGUUAAAUAAAGUGCAACCAAAAUGUCUUCAAAUUGGGCGGUAAAAAUAUAAAGUCAUCUUAAUCCUUUGUAGGGCUGAAAUAUGAAGUUUAAAAAAAAAAACAACUUCAAAGUGUUAUUCGGUGCAAGUUGAUGUAUGUUUUGGUUCAUUUUAAAUUGAACAAAUCAACAUGAUCAGAGAGUGACCCAAAAAGGCCCUAAUAUCGAAAGGAAGUGAACCAAACUCAACAGGGAGUUAACCAACCAGCAUGAAAGCAUUGACACAUAUUUCAAUUGUUAAUUAAUUAUCAUUUUAAUUACUUAUUAAAUAUUAACCAAUAUCAAUAUUGUUUAAUGACCAAAAAUAGCGGUGAGAACAUGCAAACUCCGCAAAGGAUUGAAUCCUUGAUCUCAGAAUUGUGAGGCAAACGUACUAAACACUCAGUGACCGUGCCACAGAGACAGAUUAUAAAUACAAAAAAAUCUACUUAGUACUCAUACUUCGUUACGUACCACAACUGCAUUAGUGUAAUUAAACCUAAAAACAUUUUUUCUCCAAAAUCAAAUUCCCCCAGGUAUAUUUGAGCAUUAAUCCUCCCUUUGCUCUCAUUCCCAUCACAUACACACACACCUACACACGUGCGCACACGCAUACAGUAUGAUUAAACAGUUGAUGUUGCUGUUGAAUGUGUGCUCGUGUCACGUUGUUUCAGUGCAUUGAGGCAGAUAUGACACACAGCUGUGUGUGUAUUUCGAGGUUUUAUCCCGGCCCAAAUUUACUGAUGGAUGAAGUCGCCACAGCUUGAGUUUGUCUGGUUUCAUUCAGGUCUAGUGUAAAAGCCAAGCGCCCCACCCCCACUCUUUUUAUGCCACUUGGCCGUCCAUCCAGAUGUGACAUGUGGAUUAGAAGCUUUUAAAACACACAGACACGCCCUUUUUUACACAGAUUUCCAAGUUAUGCAAAGUACAUUUAUCACCUUUUAGAACUGUAGCCACAGCAGCAAUCAAUGUGAUUAGUUCUGUAAACUUGUGAGUUGAAAUUUUUGAUACAAUGGAAUACAUCCAAGCUUUUUAUUAGCUAAUAUGAUGGAACUGUUCAUUCACAAUUUUCAGCACUAAUUACAAUAUUAUGUAUGCAUACAUACAUGUACUAGUAUAUUAGGGAUGUCCUGAUUGCAUAUUAUUGCACCCGAGUUAGAAAAUCUGACGAUACAGUCCCAAUUUUAAUUUAAUUUUUUUUUUUUUAAUUUGAGCAAAAGUUCCAAACAUGGUACAGAACUGUCUCUUUUACAGUACUUCCUCUUCCGCUUUUUCCGGGAGUAUAAAAGUACUUGUUGCGGAGUAUAAAAUGUAAAUAUUUUUGUAUCUUUUGGCAAUGCCAUUGUAUUUCUGGAUUAUAUAUGUAUGUGUAUGUAUAUAUAUAUAUAU